AUGGUUCUUCUUUUGGUUUACGUGGAUGAUAUCAUUAUUACUAGCACUGGCUGUGGUUUAAUUACUAAGCUUCAAACACUGUUGCAUGCCACUUUCCAUAUGAAAGAUCUAGGCCAGCUCACAUACUUCUUGGGACUGGAGGUUAAUCACUGGGCCAAUGGUUUAUCUCUUCGGCCUAUUGCCUAUAGUGACGCUGAUUGUCUUGAUACAUGUCAUUCUACUAUAGGUCGGUGUAUGUUUUUAGGUGAUGCCUUAAUCUCUUGGAAAUGUACAAAACAGGAUCGUGUUUCUAAAUCUUCUUCUGAGGCUAAGUAUCAUGUCAUGUCUACGCAUCACCCUACUCCUCUUCGUGGGGAUAACACUAAUGCUAUUCAGAUUGCAAAUAAUCCCGUCUUUCAUGAACACAGCAAACACAUUGAGGCUGAUUGA